AUGUCUAACAUAGCGACCCAAAUUUUCUUUUUACUUUCCUUGUGUUCUGGGAUUUCGCCCCUAAUAACACAGGAAAACAGGAACCAAUCCUUGAAGCAGGGACCAUGCACCCUUCCAAAUUUUCUAAUCACAGAAAUUCAAAACUAUCAGCCAAUAGCGGAUGAGAUUAUGAACGCCGCAAUCUCUGGGGCCUGGAAGGGACGCACGUUCGAGGGGGUGACUACAUUUGUGGACAAGUAUGUCAAUCGCUUAUCUGGAACUCCUGAGCUUGAAGAAUCCAUUGAUUACAUGAUGGAGAAAAUGGUGGCUUCUGGCUUAGACAACGUUCGAGGCGAAGAUGUACAAGUUCCAAGAUGGAUUCGGGGGGAGGAGAAGGCCAGUUUGGUUGAGCCUGUCAUCAAAUCAAUCAGCAUCCUUGGUGUUGGACCAUCCGUGGGAACGCCAAUUGCAGGGAUCAGCAGUGAAGUCAUUGUUGUACGGUCGUUUGAUGAAUUAGAAGAAAAGAAGGACGAAAUCGAAGGCAAGAUUGUGGUGUAUAAUCAAGGAUGGCUGAGCAGCUAUGAGGAAACGUCACAGUACCGUGGCAAUGGGCCCACGCGGGCUUCAGCGUAUGGCGCCGUCGCUGCUUUGAUAUAA